UGGACUUCAGUCUGACGCUCUCCCAGCUGAGCUAUCCCCGCGAAAUUGAUGAAACUUAGGACUGAAAUCUGCAUCUAUAUAUGGUACGCAAACUGUGAUACAUGCAUGUGGAUACGAAGUACGUACUUACUACUACGUAUGUACUGUGUACUGUGUACUGUGUACAUUUAAAGUUAGAUUGAUUAGUCAAAAGCAUUUGUUGUCGCGUUCCCCAAACUCUCUCACCUGCGCAAUGACCCGUAGCCAUUUCUGUUCUCCGUCGCAUGCAAGUCAAUCCUCUUGGAUAGGUCCCGAUAACUUCUUGCAUCAUCUGCUCCCGCUCCCACUCUCGCUACUGGCUCGCCAAUUCGCUCUUGAUAGAGAUAUCGCAGAUACCAGAGAUACAAACAAGUAGUUAUACCUUUAAAAUCAUUGGGUUCUCCAAAUUUAUUCGUCCAAGACCGAAAACACCCCGAAUCCGAAUCGAAUCGCGUACGUUGUUGGCCUCUUAAUGGCUUCCAAUGGCUCCUAAUUUUCGCCAAAAUACCCAAACGCGACGCGGAAAUCGUAGCGGAUAUGUUGAACAUGAUGAUUUUGAGGGUCUACCCGUAAGACAAUGGCGCCGGGAAUGGGUCAAGAUCGUACCGCCGACGCCCGCGGAAGCCGCUCAGAAGAACGAUAUAUGGGCAAUCGAACUUCCACACGGCAUGCCCAAAGACUCGCAUUUACUGCCUACGCAUACUCAGGAGUUGCUCAGGGCCGCUCGCUCGGGGAGGCUGUAUAAGCGACCGGCACCAGCGGAAGAGGAGGAGGUUGACGCGGACGCCGCCCUUGCGGAAAAACCGGAGAAGAAGGAGGAUCCAAGCAUCAAGGGCUACCAAAUCAAAGUUUGGAAGCAGGUCGCCCGCAAUGCCGAGGGGCCUACCGUCUCCCACUUAGCCAAACGCAGGAAAGGAGUUAUCACACUGUCAUCAAGUCUCCCCGCUGGUCCGUCCUCUGGUCCGACGAUAAUGAAAGCUACUGUCCGCCGCAUCGACGCAGCGGGAAAUCCCUAUACGCAAGAAAUCACACUGAAUGAAGGCCAGCCGAUUGAUGGAGAGAUCAUAUCGACUACGGUAGUUCCGGCACCUAGUACUGCUGCGAAUGGCGAAAUAUCUGUCGCCGCGACUCCCGUCAGGAGACGGCCGCCGCCGCCAAAGAGAAAGCCUAAAGGACCUGGCAGAGGACGGAAGAAGAAGCUACCUCUGCCAGCAAACACACGCCCCGAGCCGUCUAAUACGGGUGUGAUUUCUAGUAUUGCCGACGGGGCUAAACUAAAUCUUCCUGAAAUUAAUAAUACCAAACAAGACGACCUGUCCGAAAUCAAAAAUCAGGACAGCGAGAUGGCAGAUGACGAUGACGGAGAUGAAGGAGAUGAAGACGGCGAUGAUGGCGAAGACGGUGACGACGGCGAUGAGGAGGAUAGCGAAAUGCCUGAUGGAGAGAACGGGGCUGGUUUCCGAGCCGACAGUGAAACUAAGCCUGAUGGCGUUCCGGAAAUCCCUCAAGGUACUCAGGCCGAACCCUCCACCGCUGCGGCAGCACCAGAGCUCUCAACCAACAUUGAACCGCUACUAGCAAGGGGACCCUCGCCUCCUUCUAAUACUAACUUAAUCUCAACCCACCCUUCCCUACAGCAUGCUCCAUCACAAUUCGAGGGAAGCCCACUCAAGAAUGUGAUAGCUGCGACAUCACCAACUGAGUUGUCGCCAAAACUCCCAUCGAUAGGAGAACUAGCAAGUAUUACUGCUCCAACCGAUCCCGAGCCAUCAGAAGAAACGCCACUGGAUCCUGUUCCAACACUAGCUGGUCCCAUUGAGCCAGUAACUCAGGAAACGAAAUCGACCGUAGAAGAGCUUGCUGUGGAUAUAGAAAUGUCGGAUGGUCCUCAUCAAGAGUCUGCGGUGGUGGUUGUACCACCCGUGGUAGAAGCGGAAACACAACAACCGGAUGUUUCGGCGAUUGAUCGGCUACCGACGAUGAAUCAUAUUCAAAGUGAAAAUACCUAUACGCCUCGUUCACCGCCAUCGACAGUUGCACCAGAGGCUGCGAGUACCGAACAAUCGAUUGAAACGGUUGUUCCUGAGACGACUGUGGAAGUGGUUGCGAAUCAGGAACCAUCAGCUCCCGAGGCGGCUCUGGCAUCCGCCGGUGACCUACCAGUUCCCGGACCUCUAGAUACAAAAGCUGAAACUAUUCCGCAAGAAAGGGCAGAUGAGAAUGAACCUGAGAGUCCUGAUCUGUUUAGUGGUUUGGAGGCAGCUUUAAAUCAACAAGGGGGGCCGAAGGAGGCUACACCCGCUCCAGAAGCAAAGGAAGUCAAAUUUCCUCCGGAAGAUUAAUAAUUCUUGAAUAACCCAACUCCACUGGGAUGUGUUCCAUUUUCUGGGUAUGCGAAUAGUGUAAAAUAGCUGUGGUAUAUCUCAAGCGCAAGGAGUAAUUGGUUUAGUUAAGCUAGCCAUGAGAGAGAAUAUAUAUUUCUACUCCGUUAUAGUUCUUCACUAUGCCGUCGGUUCUUUGUAAAACCAAAUGUCAAGAAUAACAAGGCUCCCGUUGAAGUUGAUGAAUGCCUACCUCCUAGGUAUUUAUUUGUACACGUGUUGGGGGGUUGUCAGUUAAAGCCGAUACCUUACCUAGAGCCUAGAGGUACCUAACCUAACGUUACCUUUUUUUAGGUAUUGUAGGUACCAGGUAGAGGCUGGUUGGUCUAGACUCCGGCCAUUCCUGUUUAGUGUUAAGCGUCUUGUUAAGCACCGCAGUUUAUUCGACUAACACCCGUUUGAUGCUCACUCAUAUGAAAUAAA